AGGAAGUGUUCCGGAGGAUUGGAGGAAGGCAGAUCCUAUAUUCAAAAAGGGUUCAAAAUCCUUGCCUGGAAAUUAUAGACCUGUGAGCUUGACUUCUGUGGCUGGGAAAAUAUUUGAAAGGUUAUUAAGGAAUACUAUUCAAGAAUUCCUUGAGAAGAACAUGGUUAUCAGCAUAAAUCAGCAUGGUUUUAUGAAGCACAGGUCAUGUCAAACUAACUUGAUUGCGUUCUACGAAGAAGUAAGUAGAAGUAUAGAUCAGGGUGUUACAGUGGAUGUGAUCUAUUUGGAUUUUGCCAAGGCAUUUGAUACAGUUCCACACAAUAGAUUAGUGUUCAAACUCAAGGAAAUCGGUGUAGAUGAAAAUGCUUGUUCUUGGGUAGAACAUUGGCUUAAAAAUGUUUCAGUGUUUGCAGAUGACACAAAACUGUAAAAUAAUACAAUGUGAGCAGAGGGAUUUAGAUAGACUGGGGGACUGGGCACUCAAAUGGCAGAUUAAAUUUAAUGUUGAAAAAUGCAAAGUUAUGCACUUCGGCAUAAAGAAUACAUAAGCAACGUAUACCUUUAAUGGAAGCGAAUUAGGGAUAACAACACACGAAAAGGACUUGAGAAUUGUUAUAGACAACAAACUAUGCAACAAUAUGCAAUGUCAAUCAGCAGUGGCCAAGGCCAGUAAGGUAUUGUCAUGCAUGAAAAAGGGCAUUCUCGGGACGAGAAUAUAAUUUUGCCUCUUUAUAAAUCACUGGUAAGACCACAUAUUGAAUACGCUGUGCAAUUUUGGGCACCUGUUCUAAAGAAGGAUAUUAUGGCACUAGAAAAAGUGCAGAGGCGGGCUACAAAAUUGAUAAAAGGAAUGGAACAUAUUAGCUAUGAAGAAAGGUUAACAAAUGUAAAACCUAUUUAGUUUAGAAAAACGUCGCCUGAAAGGGGAUAUGUUAACAUUAUACAAAUAUAUUCAGGGCCAGUACAAACCAUUGUGUGGAAAUCUAUUCACAAACCAGACUUUACAUAGGACACGAGGUCAUGCGUUUAGACUGGAAGAAAGAAGAUUUUGUCUAAGGCAAAGGAAAGGUUUUUUUACUGUAAGAACAAUAAGGAUGUGGAAUUAUCUGCCUGAAGAAAUGGUUGUGAUGGUAGUCACCAUCACUGGGGAUGGAAGACAGACAUAAUGGGUGGGCUCCCAAAUUCCUUUUGUGUUGUCACAUUGUGGCUAUUAUUUGUGCAGGGUAUGUUAAAUGUAUUGCUGGUCUGUGCAUCUCCCCCUCCCCCUUUUUCCUGUCCCAUUGUUUCCCCAGUAGGGCGUUGUCCCAGGGACACUGCCAGACCAGUUUAAUCUAGCUGCUCUGUCCCUCCUCAAUCUCCCAUCAGGCCUUGCUAUUGUCUGACCCCACCCUUCCUUGUACUAUAGUAAUCUAUGUAACCUAUUGUAUGUAAAUGAGGCUGUUGGGGGCUUAGUUAUGUGUGCUGUAUGCAUUAAAGAGUUGCUGUUUAACCUUCACUAUGUGUCGUCUGGUGUUUGGUCCAGGGUGGAAAAGGCCCUAAGUGAUCCCAGUCAAGUCUCGGCGUCUGGGUCUGAAGUGUUUCAGAGUCCCUCGGUCCGAGUACUGGAGCUCCGUUACAGUGGUUUUAUCAGAGUCCAUACAGAUGUUCAAACAGCUAGUAGAUGCAUACUUGCAAAAACAGAAUAUUCAAUGAUAUAAUCUUUCAAUGUAGGGUAAUAACUGCUUGAUCCAAGGAUAAAUCUGACUGCCAUUCUGGGGUCAAGAAAGAAUUUUUUUCCUAGCUUGUUGAGGAAGGCUGAACUUGAUGGACGGAAGUCUCUUUUCAGCUAUGUAACUAUGUUAGUGUAAGACGUAGUGUAAGUGUAUGUGUAAGGGCGCAGUGCAAGUGUAAGGCGCAGUGUAAGUGUAUAUGUAAGGCCCAGUGGUAAAAUAUUUUAUAAAUAAAUAAAUAAGUGUAAGGCGCAGUGUAAGUGUAUGUGUAAGGCCCACUGUAAGUGUAUGUGUAUGUAUAAGGCCCAGUGUAAGUGUAUGGCGCAGUGUAAGUGUGGCGAACAUAAUCUCGCCACAGGCUCCUGGAGGACCCUGCUUGCCAGCCUCCUGCCUCAGGACUAUGGGCCAUGCGAAAAUGCUUAUAAAAGGCUUAGUCCAUGUAUUUCCCCUAUACUGUUCGGAAACCGAACAACCGUAUGAACCAGGAACCACCGCCGUGCUUGUUACACCCAAUUGACACUUUGUAGCAAUUUCCACCGCAGUAUUCUAAUUGUUCAUCUGGGUGGCGUCUUGGUCCCGCGAACGCAGGCAGCGGUGUUUGGGCAUCGAGCUCAUGGAACUAAAAUCGGACACUGAAACUCCAGAAUACCCCCGAACCAUCAUUGCCUGUGUUCGUUUCUACACAACCUGGAAGGGCACUGUUGGUUGAAUCGUUCGCAUGGUUGAGGUGAACAAGCUACACAUUGCAAUUAUGGAUUAUGUUCGGAAUUUUAUUCGUUUUUAUUUUACCGCUAGCUGAUUCAUGGAACUAUUUGGGCUUAAGCCACAUGUGCGGUCGGUCAGAAACAGGACUUCCAUGGAAACCCAGAACCCCUGAACCGAUCUGGAUGAUUUUUGGAUAUGUUGGUCACCCAGAUCGGGGCUAUCAGGGGAUGUGACUUUUGUGGGGUUUUCAUGUGUUUUGGUGUUACUUUUGGUGUGUCUGUAAAAUGUGUUUUCUGUGCCUGGAGAUAAUUGAGUUUGUACAGUGCCUGACUCAAUCAUCUCUCAGGUACAGGGGAGGGAUUACCCUGUUGUUUUGUGUAAGAAUCCCCUUGCAUGGGCUUUGUCAUAAAAGGCUGUGUGUGGCCCUGCAUUAAACAGUCUUACUUCCCAGCAUUAAACCUCGGCUCAUGUGUGGGGGGAAACAGCUAUACUUGCUCUUUAACUGGCUAUGCUGCGAUACUCUCUUGGAGGAGAGGUCUUCCCACUGGGAGCUGGAUCCAGGUGUUGGCCCAGGGUGGGAAGGGACGGCGAGACCCCAGCCAAGCUGCGGUGGCUAAGGGGCGCUACAGGGUGUGAGGUUUAUAUAGUGGGGUGUUAUGGGGUAUGUGGGAGCAGUAUAGCCGGUUAUAAGAGGUGUGUGAGAUUUAUAUAGUGGGGUGUUAUGGGGUAUGUGGGAGCAGUAUGGCCGGCUAUAAGAGGUGUGUGAGGUUUAUAUAGUGGGGUGUUAUGGGGUAUGUGGGAGCAGUAUGGCCGGCUAUAAGAGGUGUGUGAGAUUUAUAUAGUGGGGUGUUAUGGGGUAUGUGGGAGCAGUAUGGCCGGCUAUAAGAGGUGUGUGAGGUUUAUAUAGUGGGGUGUUAUGGGGUAUGUGGGAGCAGUAUGGCCGGCUAUAAGAGGUGUGUGAGAUUUAUAUAGUGGGGUGUUAUGGGGUAUGUGGGAGCAGUAUGGCCGGCUAUAAGAGGUGUGUGAGGUUUAUAUAGUGGGGUGUUAUGGGGUAUGUGGGAGCAGUAUGGCCGGCUAUAAGAGGUGUGUGAAAACAUGUAGGGGUAUAUGGGGUAACAUGCAGUGGUGGUGAGGUAACAUGCAGUGGUGGGGGUAACAUGCAGUGGUGGGGGGUAACAUGCAGUGGUGGGGGUAACAUGCAGACAGUGGUGGGGGUAACAUGCAGUGGUGGGGGUAACAUGCAGACAGUAGUGGGGGUAGCAUGCAGACAGUAGUGGGGGUAACAUGCAGUGGUGGGGGUAACAUGCAGGCAGUGGUGGGGUAAUAUGUGCGGUGGGGGUAAAUACGUGAGGGUAAUAUGCAGACAGUGGUGGCGGGUAACAUACAGUGUGGGGGGUAAAAUGCAGUGGGGGUAACAUGCUGCAGACAGUGGUGGGGGGUAACAUGCAGCUGGGGUUACAUGCAGACAGUGGUGGGGGGGGGUAACAUGCAGUGGUGGGGUAACAUGCAGACAGUGGUGGGGGUAAAUACGCAGUGGUGGGGGGUAAAUACUUUGGUGGUGGGGCAACAUGCAGUGGUGGGGGUAACAUGCAGGACAGUGGUGGGGUAAAUUACGUGCAAGAGACAGUGGCGGGGGUAACAUGCAGACAGUGGUGGGGUAAAUACGCAGUGGUUGGGGGGGUAACAUGCAGACAGUGGUGGAGUGUGGGGUAACAUGCAGACAGUGGUGGGGGGGUAAAUAUGCAGACAGUGGUGGGGUAACAUGCAGACAGUGGUGGGGUAACAUGCAGACAGUGGUGGGUAACAUGCAGUGGGGGGGGUACAUGCAGACAGUGGUGGGGUAACAUGCAGACAGUGGUGGGGGUAACAUGCAGACAGUGGUGGGGUAACAUGCAGUGGGGGGUACAUGACAGUGGUGGGGUAAAUACGCAGUGGGGGGGGUACAUGCAGACAGUGGUGGUGAGGGGGGGGUAACAUGCACAUUGUGCGGUGGGAGUGUGGGGGUAAAUAUGCAGACAGUGGUGGGAGUGUGGGGGUAAAUAUGCAGACAGUGGUGGGGUAACAUGCAGACAAUGGUGGGGUAACAUGCAGUGGGGGGGUAACAUGCAGACAGUGGUGGGGUAACAUGCAGACAGUGGUGGGGUAACAUGCAGUGGGGGGGUACAUGCAGACAGUGGUGGGGUAACAUGCAGACAGUGGUGGGGUAACAUGCAGACAGUGGUGGGGUAACAUGCAGUGGGGGGGUAACAUGCAGACAGUGGUGGUGGAGGGGGGUAACACGCAUGAUUCACACCUCCUUGCAUUCUCUUACUGAGCACAUGGUCUCCGCCUUCUAUCACCCACAAUGCAGUGCGAGCUAUAAUAGGAGGGUGUCACAUGCGGUGAGACCAUUUACCGCCAGGGCGGGCAGGAGCAAAGCUGUGACAGCACUGUCUGCUGCAGGUUUCUCUCUCUUGACGGGUACUCUCUCUGCCUUGCAGGUCUCAGGCCUGUGAAUGUUUGUCUGUCUCUUGGGAUGUCUUUCUGGAGGAUUCUCCUGUGUGUGUGUGUCUCCUGGAGGUGUCUGUCUCCCCUCCUGGGGGUCACUCUCCUGCAGGUCUCUUUCUCUCAACUGGUUAUGGCUCUCUUGGAGGUGGUCUCUGUGUCUCUUGGAGGUGGUCUCUCUCUGCCUUGUUUCUCUAUUUCCCUGUCCAGUUUUUCUGUCUGUCUCUCUGGUUGUAUUCUGUGUCUGUCUGUCUGUCUGUAUCUGUAUGUCCUUCCUGCUUUAUUUUGUGUCUCUCCUUUCCUGGCUCAUUCUACCUGUCUCUGCUUCCAGAGCCUCAUCUUCUACCCUAUGGCAGUUAUAGGAUUAAAACUAAUUAGGUUAGUGUCCUCACUCUCUGUGUGCUAGAUUAGGGGGGCACAAUGUGUCCUCACUCCCUGUGUGCUGAAUUAGGGGGGCACAAUGUGUCCUCACUCCCUGUGUGCUGAAUUAGGGGGGCACAAUGUGUCCUCACUCCCUGUGUGCUGAAUUAGGGGGGCACAAUGUGUCCUCACUCCCUGUGUGCUGAAUUAAGGGGGCACAAUGUGUCCUCACUCCCUGUGUGCUGAAUUAGGCGGGGCACAAUGUGUCCUCACUCCCUGUGUGCCGAAUUAAUGGGGCACAAUGUGUCCUCACUCCCUGUGUGCUGUAUUAGGGGGGCACAGUGUGUCCUCACUCCCUGUGUGCUGUAUUAGGGGGCACAAUGUGUCCUCACUCCCUGUGUGCUCAAUUAGGGGGGCACAAUGUGUCCUCUCUCCCUGUGUGCUGGAUUAGGGGGGCACAAUGUGUCCUCACUCCCUGUGUGCUGGAUUAGGGGGGCACAAUGUGUCCUCACUCCCUGUGUGCCAGAUUAGGGGGGAACAAUGUGUCCUCACUCCCUGUGUGCUGGAUUAGGGAGGCACAAUGAGUCCUCACUCCCUGUGUGCUGGAUUAGAGGGGGGCACAAUGUGCCAUCACUCCUUGUGUGCUGGAAAUGAGGGGCACAAUGUGUCCUCACUCCUGUGUGCUGAAUUAGGGGAGCUGGUACAUGCCUACACUGUGCUUUGGUGGGGCACAAUGUGUCCUCACUCCCUGUGUGCUUUGAAUUGGCGGGGCACAAUGUGUCCCUCAUCCCUGUGUGCCGAAUUAAUGGGGCACAAUGUGUCCUCACUCCUGUGUGCUUGAGAUUGGGGUGGGCACAAUGUGCCCUCACUCCCCCUGUGUGCUGAAUUAGGGGGGCACAAUGUGUCCUCACUCCCUGUGUGCUGAAUUAGGGGGGCACAAUGUGUCCUCACUCCCUGUGUGCUGAAUUAAGGGGGCACAAUGUGUCCUCACUCCCUGUGUGCUGAAUUAGGCGGGGCACAAUGUGUCCUCACUCCCUGUGUGCCGAAUUAAUGGGGCACAAUGUGUCCUCACUCCCUGUGUGCUGAAUUAGGUGGGCACAAUGUGCCCUCACUCCCUGUGUGCUGAAUUAGGGGGGCACAAUGUGUCCUCACUCCCUGUGUGCUGAAUUAAGGGGGCACAAUGUGUCCUCACUCCCUGUGUGCUGAAUUAGGCGGGGCACAAUGUGUCCUCACUCCCUGUGUGCCGAAUUAAUGGGGCACAAUGUGUCCUCACUCCCUGUGUGCCGAAUUAGGUGGGCACAAUGUGUCCUCACUCCCUGUGUGCUGAAUUAGGGGGGCACAAUGUGUCCUCACUCCCUGUGUGCUGAAUUAGGGGGGCACAAUGUGUCCUCACUCCCUGUGUGCUGAAUUAGGGGGGCACAAUGUGUCCUCACUCCCUGUGUGCUGAAUUAAGGGGGCACAAUGUGUCCUCACUCCCUGUGUGCUGAAUUAGGGGGCACACGUGUCCCCACCCCUGUGUGCUGGAUUAGAGGGACACAAUGUGUCCUCACUCCCUGUGUGCUGGAUUAGUGGGGCACAAUGUGUCCUCACUCCCUGUGUGCUGGAUUAGGGGGGAACAAUGUGCUCUCCCUCCCUGUGUGCUGGAUUAGGGGGGCACAAUGUGUCCUCACUCCCUGUGUGCUGGAUUAGGGGGGCACAAUAUGUCCUCACUUCCUGUGUGCUGGAUUAGAGGGGUACAAUGUGUCCUUACUCCCUGUGUGCUGGAUUAGGGGGGAACAAUGUGCUCUCGCUCCCUGUGUGCUGGAUUAGGGGGGCACAAAGUGUCCUCGCUCCCUGUGUGCUGGAUUAGGGGGGAACAAUGUGUCCUCACUCCCUGUGUGCUGAAUUAGGUGGGCACAAUGUGUCCUCACUCCCUGUGUGCUGUAUUAGGGGGGCACAGUGUGUCCUCACUCCCUGUGUGCUGUAUUAGGGGGCACAAUGUGUCCUCACUCCCUGUGUGCUCAAUUAGGGGGGCACAAUGUGUCCUCUCUCCCUGUGUGCUGGAUUAGGGGGGCACAAUGUGUCCUCACUCCCUGUGUGCUGGAUUAGGGGGGCACAAUGUGUCCUCACUCCCUGUGUGCCAGAUUAGGGGGGAACAAUGUGCCCUCACUCCCUGUGUGCUGGAUUAGGGAGGCACAAUGAGUCCUCACUCCCUGUGUGCUGGAUUAGAGGGGGGCACAAUGUGCCAUCACUCCUUGUGUGCUGGAAAUGAGGGGCACAAUGUGUCCUCACUCCCUGUGUGCUGGAUUAGGGGGGAACAAUGUGCCCUCACUCCCUGUGUGCUGGAUUAGGGGAACACAAUGUGUCCUCACUCCCUGUGUGCUAGAUUAGGGGGGCACAAUGUGUCCUCACUUCCUGUGUGCUGGAUUAGCGGGGCACAAUGUGUCCUCACUCCCUGUGUGCUGGAUUAGGGGGGAACAAUGUGCUCUCGCUCCCUGUGUGCUGGAUUAGGGGUGCACAAUGUGUCCUCGCUCCCUGUGUGCUGGAUUAGAGGAGCACGUGGGUCCUCACUCUCUGUGUGCUAGAUUAGGGGGGCACAAUGUGUCCUCACUCCCUGUGUGCUGGAUUAGAGGGGCACAUGGGUCCUCACUCUCUGUGUGCUAGAUUAGGGGGGCACAAUGUGUCCUCACUCCCUGUGUGCUGGAUUAGGGGCACAAUGUGUCCUUACCCCUGUGUGCUGGAUUAGGGGGAACAAAUGCCUCUCGCCCUCGUGCUGGAUUAGGGGGGCACAAAGUAUCCUCGCCUCCCCUGUGUGCUGGUUUCAGGGGGAACAACAAUGUGCCUCUCCCUCCCCUGUGUGUGUUGGAUUUCCCUCAGGGAGGGGCACAAUGUGUCCUCACUCCCUGUGUGCUGGAUUAGUGGGGCACAAUGUGUCCUCACUCCCUGUGUGCUGGAUUAGGGGGGAACAAUGUGCUCUCCCUCCCUGUGUGCUGGAUUAGAGGGACACAAUGUGUCCUCACUCCCUGUGUGCUGGAUUAGGGGGGCACAAUAUGUCCUCACUUCCUGUGUGCUGGAUUAGAGGGGUACAAUGUGUCCUUACUCCCUGUGUGCUGGAUUAGGGGGGAACAAUGUGCUCUCACUCCCUGUGUGCUGGAUUAGGGGGGCACAAAGUGUCCUCACUCCCUGUGUGCUGGAUUAGGGGGGAACAAUGUGUCCUCACUCCCUGUGUGCUGAAUUAGGUGGGCACAAUGUGUCCUCACUCCCUGUGUGCUGUAUUAGGGGGGCACAGUGUGUCCUCACUCCCUGUGUGCUGUAUUAGGGGGCACAAUGUGUCCUCACUCCCUGUGUGCUCAAUUAGGGGGGCACAAUGUGUCCUCUCUCCCUGUGUGCUGGAUUAGGGGGGCACAAUGUGUCCUCACUCCCUGUGUGCUGGAUUAGGGGGGCACAAUGUGUCCUCACUCCUUGUGUGCUGGAUUAGGGGGGCACAAUGUGUCCUCACUCCCUGUGUGCCGGAUUAGGGGGGAACAAUGUGCCCUCACUCCCUGUGUGCUGGAUUAGGGAGGCACAAUGUGUCCUCACUCCCUGUGUGCUGGAUUAGAGGGGGGCACAAUGUGCCAUCACUCCUUGUGUGCUGGAAAUGAGGGGCACAAUGUGUCCUCACUCCCUGUGUGCUGGAUUAGGGGGGAACAAUGUGCCCUCACUCCCUGUGUGCUGGAUUAGGGGGGCACAAUGUGUCCUCACUCCCUGUGUGCUAGAUUAGGGGGGCACAAUGUGUCCUCACUCCCUGUGUGCUGGAUUAGGGGGGCACAAUAUGUCCUCACUCCCUGUGUGCCAGAUUAGGGGGGAACAAUGUGCCCUCACUCCCUGUGUGCUGGAUUAGGGAGGCACAAUGUGUCCUCACUCCCUGUGUGCUGGAUUAGAGGGGGGCACAAUGUGCCAUCACUCCCUGUGUGCUGGAAAUGAGGGGCACAAUGUGUCCUCACUCCCUGUGUGCUGGAUUAGGGGGGAACAAUGUGCCCUCACUCCCUGUGUGCUGGAUUAGGGGAACACAAUGUGUCCUCACUCCCUGUGUGCUAGAUUAGGGGGGCACAAUGUGUCCUCACUUCCUGUGUGCUGGAUUAGCGGGGCACAAUGUGUCCUCACUCCCUGUGUGCUGGAUUAGGGGGGAACAAUGUGCUCUCGCUCCCUGUGUGCUGGAUUAGGGGUGCACAAUGUGUCAUCGCUCCCUGUGUGCUGGAUUAGAGGGGCACGUGGGUCCUCACUCUCUGUGUGCUAGAUUAGGGGGGCACAAUGUGUCCUCACUCCCUGUGUGCUGGAUUAGAGGGGCACAUGGGUCCUCACUCUCUGUGUGCUAGAUUAGGGGGGCACAAUGUGUCCUCACUCCCUGUGUGCUGGAUUAGGGGGGCACAAUAUGUCCUCACUUCCUGUGUGCUGGAUUAGAGGGGUACAAUGUGUCCUUACUCCCUGUGUGCUGGAUUAUGGGGGAACAAUGUGCUCUCGCUCCCUGUGUGCUGGAUUAGGGGGGGCACAAAGUGUCCUCGCUCCCUGUGUGCUGGAUUAGGGGGGGAACAAUGUGCUCUCCCUCCCUGUGUGCUGGAUUAGAGGGACACAAUGUGUCCUCACUCCCUGUGUGCUGGAUUAGUGGGGCACAAUGUGUCCUCACUCCCUGUGUGCUGUAUUAGGGGGCACAAUGUGCUCUCCCUCCCUGUGUGCUGGAUUAGAGGGACACAAUGUGUCCUCACUCCCUGUGUGCUGGAUUAGGGGGGCACAAUAUGUCCUCACUUCCUGUGUGCUGGAUUAGGGGGGUACAAUGUGUCCUUACUCCCUGUGUGCUGGAUUAGGGGGGAACAAUGUGCUCUCACUCCCUGUGUGCUGGAUUAGGGGGGCACAAAGUGUCCUCGCUCCCUGUGUGCUGGAUUAGGGGGGAACAAUGUGUCCUCACUCCCUGUGUGCUGAAUUAGGUGGGCACAAUGUGUCCUCACUCCCUGUGUGCUGUAUUAGGGGGGCACAGUGUGUCCUCACUCCCUGUGUGCUGUAUUAGGGGGCACAAUGUGUCCUCACUCCCUGUGUGCUCAAUUAGGGGGGCACAAUGUUUCCUCUCUCCCUGUGUGCUGGAUUAGGGGGGCACAAUGUGUCCUCACUCCCUGUGUGCUGGAUUAGGGGGGCACAAUGUGUCCUCACUCCCUGUGUGCUGGAUUAGGGGGGCACAAUGUGUCCUCACUCCCUGUGUGCCGGAUUAGGGGGGAACAAUGUGCCCUCACUCCCUGUGUGCUGGAUUAGGGGGGCACAAUGUGUCCUCACUCCCUGUGUGCUGGAUUAGGGGGGCACAAUGUGUCCUCACUCCCUGUGUGCUGGAUUAGGGGGGCACAAUGUGUCCUCACUCCCUGUGUGCCAGAUUAGGGGGGAACAAUGUGCCCUCACUCCCUGUGUGCUGGAUUAGGGAGGCACAAUGUGUCCUCACACCCUGUGUGCUGGAUUAGAGGGGGGCACAAUGUGCCAUCACUCCUUGUGUGCUGGAAAUGAGGGGCACAAUGUGUCCUCACUCCCUGUGUGCUGGAUUAGGGGGGAACAAUGUGCCCUCACUCCCUGUGUGCUGGAUUAGGGGAACACAAUGUGUCCUCACUCCCUGUGUGCUAGAUUAGGGGGGCACAAUGUGUCCUCACUCCCUGUGUGCUGGAUUAGGGGGGCACAAUGUGUCCUCACUCCCUGUGUGCCAGAUUAGGGGGGAACGAUGUGCCCUCACUCCCUGUGUGCUGGAUUAGGGAGGCACAAUGUGUCCUCACACCCUGUGUGCUGGAUUAGAGGGGGGCACAAUGUGCCAUCACUCCUUGUGUGCUGGAAAUGAGGGGCACAAUGUGUCCUCACUCCCUGUGUGCUGGAUAAGGGGGGAACAAUGUGCCCUCACUCCCUGUGUGCUGGAUUAGGGGGGCACAAUGUGUCCUCACUCCCUGUGUGCUGGAUUAGGGGGGCACAAUGUGUCCUCACUCCCUGUGUGCCAGAUUAGGGGGGAACAAUGUGCCCUCACUCCCUGUGUGCUGGAUUAGGGGGGCACAAUGUGUCCUCACUCCCUGUGUGCUGGAUUAGGGGGGCACAAUGUGGGGGAACAAUGUGCUCUCGCCUCCCUGUGUGUUACCAGGGGUACAAAGUGUCCCGCCCUGUGUGCUGGAUUAGGGGGUGUCCUCACCCCUGUGUGCUGAAUUAGGUGGGCACAAUGUGUCCCUCACCCCUGGUGUGCUGUAUUAGGGGGGCACAGUGUGUCCUCACUCCCUGUGUGCUGUAUUAGGGGGCACAAUGUGUCCUCACUCCCUGUGUGCUCAAUUAGGGGGGCACAAUGUGUCCUCUCUCCCUGUGUGCUGGAUUAGGGGGGCACAAUGUGUCCUCACUCCCUGUGUGCUGGAUUAGGGGGGCACAAUGUGUCCUCACUCCUUGUGUGCUGGAUUAGGGGGGCACAAUGUGUCCUCACUCCCUGUGUGCCGGAUUAGGGGGGAACAAUGUGCCCUCACUCCCUGUGUGCUGGAUUAGGGAGGCACAAUGUGUCCUCACUCCCUGUGUGCUGGAUUAGAGGGGGGCACAAUGUGCCAUCACUCCUUGUGUGCUGGAAAUGAGGGGCACAAUGUGUCCUCACUCCCUGUGUGCUGGAUUAGGGGGGAACAAUGUGCCCUCACUCCCUGUGUGCUGGAUUAGGGGGGCACAAUGUGUCCUCACUCCCUGUGUGCUAGAUUAGGGGGGCACAAUGUGUCCUCACUCCCUGUGUGCUGGAUUAGGGGGGCACAAUAUGUCCUCACUCCCUGUGUGCCAGAUUAGGGGGGAACAAUGUGCCCUCACUCCCUGUGUGCUGGAUUAGGGAGGCACAAUGUGUCCUCACUCCCUGUGUGCUGGAUUAGAUGGGGGCACAAUGUGCCAUCACUCCUUGUGUGCUGGAAAUGAGGGGCACAAUGUGUCCUCACUCCCUGUGUGCUGGAUUAGGGGGGAACAAUGUGCCCUCACUCCCUGUGUGCUGGAUUAGGGGAACACAAUGUGUCCUCACUCCCUGUGUGCUAGAUUAGGGGGGCACAAUGUGUCCUCACUUCCUGUGUGCUGGAUUAGCGGGGCACAAUGUGUCCUCACUCCCUGUGUGCUGGAUUAGGGGGGAACAAUGUGCUCUCGCUCCCUGUGUGCUGGAUUAGGGGUGCACAAUGUGUCAUCGCUCCCUGUGUGCUGGAUUAGAGGGGCACGUGGGUCCUCACUCUCUGUGUGCUAGAUUAGGGGGGCACAAUGUGUCCUCACUCCCUGUGUGCUGGAUUAGAGGGGCACAUGGGUCCUCACUCUCUGUGUGCUAGAUUAGGGGGGCACAAUGUGUCCUCACUCCCUGUGUGCUGGAUUAGGGGGGCACAAUAUGUCCUCACUUCCUGUGUGCUGGAUUAGAGGGGUACAAUGUGUCCUUACUCCCUGUGUGCUGGAUUAUGGGGGAACAAUGUGCUCUCGCUCCCUGUGUGCUGGAUUAGGGGGGGCACAAAGUGUCCUCGCUCCCUGUGUGCUGGAUUAGGGGGGGAACAAUGUGCUCUCCCUCCCUGUGUGCUGGAUUAGAGGGACACAAUGUGUCCUCACUCCCUGUGUGCUGGAUUAGUGGGGCACAAUGUGUCCUCACUCCCUGUGUGCUGUAUUAGGGGGCACAAUGUGCUCUCCCUCCCUGUGUGCUGGAUUAGAGGGACACAAUGUGUCCUCACUCCCUGUGUGCUGGAUUAGGGGGGCACAAUAUGUCCUCACUUCCUGUGUGCUGGAUUAGAGGGGUACAAUGUGUCCUUACUCCCUGUGUGCUGGAUUAGGGGGGAACAAUGUGCUCUCACUCCCUGUGUGCUGGAUUAGGGGGGCACAAAGUGUCCUCGCUCCCUGUGUGCUGGAUUAGGGGGGAACAAUGUGUCCUCACUCCCUGUGUGCUGAAUUAGGUGGGCACAAUGUGUCCUCACUCCCUGUGUGCUGUAUUAGGGGGGCACAGUGUGUCCUCACUCCCUGUGUGCUGUAUUAGGGGGCACAAUGUGUCCUCACUCCCUGUGUGCUCAAUUAGGGGGGCACAAUGUUUCUCUCUCCCUGUGUGCUGGAUUAGGGGGGCACAAUGUGUCCUCACCCCUGUGUGCUGGAUUAGGGGGGCACAAUGUGUCCUCACUCCCUGUGUGCUGGAUUAGGGGGGCACAAUGUGUCCUCACUCCCUGUGUGCCGGAUUAGGGGGGAACAAUGUGCCCUCACUCCCUGUGUGCUGGAUUAGGGGGGCACAAUGUGUCCUCACUCCCUGUGUGCUGGAUUAGAGGGGGGCACAAUGUGCCAUCACUCCUUGUGUGCUGGAAAUGAGGGGCACAAUGUGUCCUCACUCCCUGUGUGCUGGAUUAGGGGGGAACAAUGUGCUCUCGCUCCCUGUGUGCUGGAUUAGGGGUGCACAAUGUGUCAUCGCUCCCUGUGUGCUGGAUUAGAGGGGCACGUGGGUCCUCACUCUCUGUGUGCUAGAUUAGGGGGGCACAAUGUGUCCUCACUCCCUGUGUGCUGGAUUAGAGGGGCACAUGGGUCCUCACUCUCUGUGUGCUAGAUUAGGGGGGCACAAUGUGUCCUCACUCCCUGUGUGCUGGAUUAGUGGGGCACAAUGUGUCCUCACUCCCUGUGUGCUGGAUUAGGGGGGAACAAUGUGCUCUCCCUCCCUGUGUGCUGGAUUAGAGGGACACAAUGUGUCCUCACUCCCUGUGUGCUGGAUUAGGGGGGCACAAUAUGUCCUCACUUCCUGUGUGCUGGAUUAGAGGGGUACAAUGUGUCCUUACUCCCUGUGUGCUGGAUUAGGGGGGAACAAUGUGCUCUCACUCCCUGUGUGCUGGAUUAGGGGGGCACAAAGUGUCCUCACUCCCUGUGUGCUGGAUUAGGGGGGAACAAUGUGUCCUCACUCCCUGUGUGCUGAAUUAGGUGGGCACAAUGUGUCCUCACUCCCUGUGUGCUGUAUUAGGGGGGCACAGUGUGUCCUCACUCCCUGUGUGCUGUAUUAGGGGGCACAAUGUGUCCUCACUCCCUGUGUGCUCAAUUAGGGGGGCACAAUGUGUCCUCUCUCCCUGUGUGCUGGAUUAGGGGGGCACAAUGUGUCCUCACUCCCUGUGUGCUGGAUUAGGGGGGCACAAUGUGUCCUCACUCCCUGUGUGCUGGAUUAGGGGGGCACAAUGUGUCCUCACUCCCUGUGUGCCAGAUUAGGGGGGAACAAUGUGCCCUCACUCCCUGUGUGCUGGAUUAGGGGGGCACAAUGUGUCCUCACUCCCUGUGUGCUGGAUUAGGGGGGCACAAUGUGUCCUCACUCCCUGUGUGCUGGAUUAGGGGGGCACAAUGUGUCCUCACUCCCUGUGUGCCAGAUUAGGGGGGAACAAUGUGCCCUCACUCCCUGUGUGCUGGAUUAGGGAGGCACAAUGUGCCAUCACUCCUUGUGUGCUGGAAAUGAGGGGCACAAUGUGUCCUCACUCCCUGUGUGCUGGAUUAGGGGGGAACAAUGUGCCCUCACUCCCUGUGUGCUGGAUUAGGGGGGCACAAUGUGUCCUCACUCCCUGUGUGCUAGAUUAGGGGGGCACAAUGUGUCCUCACUUCCUGUGUGCUGGAUUAGAGGGGUACAAUGUGUCCUUACUCCCUGUGUGCUGGAUUAGGGGGGAACAAUGUGCCCUCACUCCCUGUGUGCUGGAUUAGGGGGGAACAAUGUGUCCUCACUCCCUGUGUGCUAGAUUAGGGGGGCACAAUGUGUCCUCACUUCCUGUGUGCUGGAUUAGAGGGGUACAAUGUGUCCUUACUCCCUGUGUGCUGGAUUAGGGGGGAACAAUGUGCUCUCGCUCCCUGUGUGCUGGAUUAGGGGGGGGUACAAAGUGUCCUCGCUCCCUGUGUGCUGGAUUAGGGGGGGAACAAUGUGCUCUCUCUCCCUGUGUGCUGGAUUAGAGGGACACAAUGUGUCCUCACUCCCUGUGUGCUGGAUUAGUGGGGCACAAUGUGUCCUCACUCCCUGUGUGCUGGAUUAGGGGGGAACAAUGUGCUCUCACUCCCUGUGUGCUGGAUUAGGGGGGCACAAUGUGUCCUCGCUCCCUGUGUGCUGGAUUAGAGGGGCACAUGGGUCCUCACUCUCUGUGUGCUAGAUUAGGGGGGCACAAUGUGUCCUCACUCCCUGUGUGCUGGAUUAGAGGGGCACAUGGGUCCUCACUCUCUGUGUGCUAGAUUAGGGGGGCACAAUGUGUCCUCACUCCCUGUGUGCUGGAUUAGGGGGGCACAAUAUGUCCUCACUUCCUGUGUGCUGGAUUAGAGGGGUACAAUGUGUCCUUACUCCCUGUGUGCUGGAUUAGGGGGGAACAAUGUGCUCUCGCUCCCUGUGUGCUGGAUUAGGGGGGCACAAAGUGUCCUCGCUCCCUGUGUGCUGGAUUAGGGGGGAACAAUGUGCUCUCCCUCCCUGUGUGCUGGAUUAGAGGGACACAAUACCUUUGCAACUACCUGGUAAACUGAUAAAAGGUGCCAAACACUGCCAUUGCCACCCUUAUGCCUAGAUGUAUAUAGGAAAGAAGGCGGUUGUCAUCCCUAAUCUAAUGUUUUUACAAGUAAAAAUAAAUAACAUGUACAAAAACAAGUAUAUUAAUAGUUGCCACGUGUAGUCUAAACAGCAAGGGCCUUGGCAUCUUCACUAUUUUGCCAUGACAGUAAGCAUCCUCUAAUAUAAAUACAUAGUUUCAGCGGUAUUGACUACUAGACCCUCCUUGUUACUAUUUCUGAGCGGUCACUAUUCAUGCAAUGCCUCUGUAGUACUAGUGUUAGUACUACGGAGACUGCCACCACUUUGCCAGAUGAGAGUGGUCACUAAUUGUGCCAUGGUGGCUGAACACUCUCCUAGAAAUGUAAAUGUACAACAAGGUCGGCACUAACAGGGCACUGUACGUUUGGUGGAGGGUGGCAGUAUAUGUUCUAAAGGGGCUGGGAACCUAUUGGCUCUAUACCUUACUCCUGCGUUUGCCACUGUGGACUGACUGGCCCCUGUUUAUGUAUAAUAUGCCUAAUAUAUUAAAAAUACAUUAUAUUACCCACUAUCCAGAACAUUGGGUUUGGGCGUAGGGCAUUUUGUGUUCCCUGGUGGGAACAAGGUAGGCCUGAGCUCAGGGGUGAGGGGGAGCUCUCUGAAGUUUCCCUCAGGCCCCAUGUAAAAAGAUAAAAGUUUUAAAACAGUUUAAUUCCUUACAAUGGGAGAGGGGGCACACUAACACUGUAAUAUUUAAUAAAUGUGCAGUUAUCAUUUUUAAACAUGUGGCAGCCUUGUCAAAGUGGCUUUUAAGUGGCACUGGGAUCGAAGAGAAAUCGUAAUAUCCCUAAUAACUACGGCAUAGAAAACAGGCUGAACAAAUCAUUCUACAGCGCAGGUAUUUUUCCAGGUCAAAUAUUUUUGCCUAAAAUUAGUAAAUCCCUUGUCAAAUAUCCUCAGUCCCUCAUUUUGCUAAGGAAAUACAGAUAAAUCAGUAGGUAAAUAAAAUUCUUGGCUGUGCCUUAAUGUAUCAAUCGGCAUCCUAAAUGGACACUUUGCUGCCCAAAUAAAAAAUACGGUAAAUAUUUUUGAAAUAAUCACUGUUUAACAGUUAUACCCCCAGUGAAAACAUGCAUACAUUACCCAAAAACAGCUUACAAAAGUUGCAGAUCUCUUGUCUGCAGCCUUUGCAAGCUUUCCUCAUUUUCCCCAGCCCAGACUUUCUGUGGCUGUCCAAUCACAGACUUUCCAAUGCAGCUUAAUGAGAAGCCUUUGCAAGACAGGUUCUCUGAGCAAUUGCUGCCUUUUGAGUUUAGGUCCACCGUAACAGGACCAGUUAUGUGAUUGACAGCCAGGGUGGUAUAACCAGGUGAAUUUGCAAAAGUGUCAAUUUCUAAAGAAAAUGGACAUGCUCUUUAUGCAUAAAGCAGUUAAUCAAGCUAAAGUGCUGUAGUUGUUUGGAUGGUUAAUUUAACCUCUGUCUUUAUUGUAACUUUAUUGUUUCAAUUUAUUAUUUUUCUUCCCAUGGUUUUGCAGACUCUGUUUAACUGUCACAAUGUAUCUGAGAGCUCAGCUUCCUUCCAGAAGAACAGUUCUGUCUGUCACCAGGAAGCGCAAAUAUUCCAGCUACCUCACCGUCCAAGAGCCAACAGAGGAAGAGAAUUACCUGAAGAAACUGGAAUUUACGGAAGUUCACAAGACAAAAGAUGGGACCGUGACUGAUGUGCCGUUGACAUCUUGGGGCGAGCAGGAGAAUCUCAUGUAUCACAUCCAUCAAGGGGAUGGCAUAGAUAUCUGCUCAGAUUUUCUAGCUGGGAAUUGUGAUAAAGGUGCAAAGUGCCUUCAGCAUCAUACCAUACUGCCUUUCGCCUGGCAGCUGCAGGAAAGGAGCACAGGCACGUGGCACACUGUUGGAGGAUGGGGUCAAGAAAUCCUAGAGAGGCUGUAUUGUGACCCGAAUAUAAAAAGGGUUUGCUCAAAGUCUGAGUAUGUAUGCAAGGGGUGUUGUAUUCUCCAGUCAAUACUUGUCAUUUAAGCUCGGGCUUUCGGCUAUCACGAUCUAUUUCUCAUGCCCCGUGUCUUAUCUUAUUUGCCCCUUGUGUUCGCGACCUGGACUAAGGUCUUGAAAGGGCAGUAAAUCUACUUUUUUCUUCUUUUACUGCUUAAAUAUUAAAUUCAGAAAUGGGUCAUUCCAUCUUUUUACUUUUGGCAUACUGAAAUGGUCUAUGCAAAAUUGCAAGUAGGAUGGUUUCAGUAUCUCAUUACCCAGUGAUGGAAUGCAGGGGGGGUUAAGUUCCAAUGAAAGGGGAAAGUGUUUUAUCAAGUGCCGCAAAUAUGUAGUUUUUAAUUAAAAGUACUUUAAAAAAUGUGGUCAUAAGACCUAUUUGUCAACAGUACAGUUGUCUGUUUAGAAAGUUGAUUGACAGGGAAUAGCAGGAGAACCCUCUGCCCUUCAUUAAACUUGCUGGGGAAAUACAUGAAUUUAGUGACUGAUGUCACUCCAUUCUGAUAUUGAAACAUUGGAAUUGAAGCCAGCACGAUGGCUUCAUUUCAUGCUCAGGGCUAAUUGGAUUUCAGAGCUGUGCGAGCAAGGUGGAACCCACUAGUGUAAUACACAAAGACAUCCGAACAUGGCGAGAGAAGGCAAAUAACACAGUUGCAAAAUAGUGAGCAUUGGGUCAGAGAGCUAACAAUCUGACUGUCAGUCAACUGGAGUUCAAAAAAGUAGGCAAGGGAUUUCUUUAGACAUUUCAAUAAAAAUGCAUUAAAGAAAAUAAUGAGAUUGUAUAUCAACAUGCUAUGAAGAUUAUAUUAGAGACUAAAAUUUGAUGACAGCGUUCCUUUAACAGGGUUAUAAUGUGGUUUGUCCAGUCUGAAUUUUGGAUAUCCCUGCUUUAACUCUUAACCCUUCUGUUUCCACUGUUUAUUUUCCAAAUUCUAACUCUCAGGGGCCAGCCACCUAUGAAUAUAUGUUUUAACACCAUGGAUGUGAAAUCAAAGGGGCCGUUUUAUCGCAUUCGACGUCUCUCCACCUCUUUGUGUCCUACCAUGCCUUUUAACACCCGUGUCAAGUAUUACUAUGGAAAUCAUUGCCGGUGGACGGAAUAUAGUCAGGUGUGGAUCUUUAUAUACCCUGCAAAAAAAAGUUUUGAUUUGUGGGACCUUCGAGUUAAGAUAAUUAAUAGAAAAGUCCACGAUAACGUCCUGGGAGAAGAAUUGGUAUAGCAAGAAACCGUUGAAUUGAUAAAAUAGUUUUUAAAGGGCUACUCCAAGCACUAUGAACACUUCGAUGAUCUGAAGUGGUCGUGGUGUUUUAAGUCUAUACGUGCUGCAUUUUACUAUAAACCACUGCACAUACAGAGUUUAACCCCUUUGCUGCCAGAGGAUUAACUUCACUUCAGGCAGUGUCACUAGCCAGCCAGUAAGAGUGAGUUCCAGGCUGGGUCAUGUCAAUUCUGUGUAUAUUUCUGUGCACAGUGUGUCAUAUACUGGAUAAGAUUGGUCAGCUGACACUCCAAUGACUGGUAAAAAUGGACAAAUGGAACUGCACUCAAUUCACUUACGACAGGGUGCUUAGCUGAACCAAGGGCCAGCACAAGCCCAGAAGAUAAUAAAUACCAGUAUUAGAAAAAGGGUUCAGGCACCUUUAUUAGAGCAGUGUUCUACAUGUUCUUAAGACAUCGGAGUACCUGGACCUGGACUCCAAUGAAUGGUGACUGAAUCGGUUUCUGCAGAAUAUUUGAGUGUGUCACCAGAGCUGAAAGAAUCAACCAGUCGAUACCCAGGAAACAGGGCAAACCAGUAUUUAUAAAAUGUAUUUUUACUGUAUUUUUUACUUUCACGGAAGUGUAGAGAGUAAGUUCAUUCAUUCUUAUUGGUGAAUGGAUGUGCUCUUGGGGGAUAAAAUACUCAUCCUUUGAAUGCUUACUGAUUGGAAGUUAAGGAGUGUCUUAUUCUGUAGCUUCAGGGAGAUACACUUAACAGUGCACCUGCAGGGAACGUUUAUGGUAAGUAUAUUUCUAUGUAAUGCAUUAAUAAAUAGAGGGUCCUUCGCCCCCCAUCGCUUUCCUUUAUGUUUAUCAAAUUUAGUGAACAGGAUGUUUUCUUGAUAUGCAAAGAUUAAACCCCCAUAUGUUUUCAUCUCUAGGAGAUUUCGAAAUGUAUAGAGGAAUGUUUGACUAAGGGACACAAACAAGUCAUGUGCAGUAGCCCAGUGUUCAGGUACCUUCUAGAUCUCCAAGAGUUCUCUGACACAAAUAUUGAUACUGGAACUAAAAGAACCAUACGAAUCCGGCCUGUGUUCAGAUCCCCAUGCAUGAUGUCUGAGCUUUGGUAAGCUGGAUAGGCCGUUAAUGUGACAUUGCAUGUUUUCAAUUACUCACUUCCUGUCUAUAACACCAUGAAAAGGAGGAACAACUGCAUAUCUCCUGUUUCUGUCACCCUGCAGUGGGGGGUGGGGGAGGGGACAGACUCAUAGCUCCUUCUGUCUGUGUCACUGUGUCACCCUGCAGGGGGAGGGGCAGACUCAGAGGUCCUUCUGUCUGUGUCACUGUGUCACCCUGCAGGGGGAGGGACAGACUCAUAGCUCCUUCUGUCUGUGUCACUGUGUCACCCUGCAGGGGGAGGGACAGACUCAUAGCUCCUUCUGUCUGUGUCACCAUGUCACCCUGCAGGGGGAGGGACAGACUCAUAGCUCCUUCUGUCUGUGUCACUGUGUCACCCUGCAGGGGGAGGGACAGACUCAUAGCUCCUUCUGUCUGUGUCACUGUGUCACUCUGCAGGGGGAGGGACAGACUCAUAGCUCCUUCUGUCUGUGUCACCGUGUCACCCAGCAGGGGGAGGGACAGACUCAUAGCUCCUUCUGUCUGUGUCACCGUGUCACCCUGCAGGGGGAGGGACAGACUCAUAGCUCCUUCUGUCUGUGUCACUGUGUCACCCUGCAGGGGGAGGGACAGACACAUAGCUCCUUCUGUCUGUGUCACUGUGUCACCCUGCAGGGGGAGGGACAGACUCAUAGCUCCUUCUGUCUGUGUCACCGUGUCACCCUGCAGGGGGAGGGACAGGCUCAUAGCUCCUUCUGUCUGUGUCACCCUGCAGGGGGACAGUGUCACCCUGCAGGGAGAGGGACAGACUCAUAGCUCCUUCUGUCUGUGUCACAGUGUCACCCUGCAGGGGGAGGGACAGACUCAUAGCUCCUUCUGUCUGUGUCACUGUGUCACCCUGCAGGGGGAGGGACAGACUCAUAGCUCCUUCUGUCUGUGUCACUGUGUCACCCAGCGGGGGGAGGGACAGACUCAUAUCUCCUUCUGUCUGUGUCACCGUGUCACCCUGCAGGGGGAGGCAUAGACUCAUAGCUCCUUCUGUCUGUGUCACCGUGUCACCCUGCAGGGGGAGGGACAGACUCAUAGCUCCUUCUGUCUGUGUCACUGUGUCACCCUGCAGGGGGAGGGACAGACUCAUAGCUCCUUCUGUCUGUGUCACUGUGUCACUGUGCAGGGGGAGGGACAGACUCAUAGCUCCUUCUGUCUGUGUCACUGUGUCACCCUGCAGGGGGAGGGACAGACUCAUAGCUCCUUCUGUCUGUGUCACCGUGUCACCCUGCAGGGGGAGGGACAGACUCAGCUCCUUCUGUCUGUGUCACCCUGCAGGGGGAGGGACAGACUCAUAGCUCCUUCUGUCAUUGUCACCGUGUUACCCUGCAGGGGGAGGAACAGACUCAUAGCUCCUUCUGUCUGUGUCACUGUGUCACCCUGCAGGGGGAGGGACAGACUCAUAGCUCCUUCUGUCUGUGUCACAGUGUCACCCUGCGGGGGGAGGGGCAGACUCAUAGCUCCUUCUGUCUGUGUCACCGUGUCACCCUGCUGGGGGAGGGGCAGACUCAUAGCUCCUUCUGUCUGUGUCACCCUGCAGGGGGAGGGACAGACUCAUAGCUCCUUCUGUCUGUGUCACUGUGUCACCCUGCACGGGGAGGGACAGACUCAUAGCUCCUUCUGUCUGUGUCACCGUGUCACCCUGCAGGGGGAGGGACACACUCAUAGCUCCUUCUGUCUGUCACAGUGUCACCCUGCAGGGGGAGGGACAGACUCAUAGCUCCUUCUGUCUGUGUCACUGUGUCACCCUGCAGGGGGAGGGACAGACUCAUAGCUCCUUCUGUCUAUGUCACUGUGUCACCCUGCAGGGGGAGGGACAGACUCAUAACUCCUUCUGUCUGUGUCACUGUGUCACCCUGCAGGGGGAGGGACAGACUCAUAGCUCCUUCUGUCUGUGUCACUGUGUCACCCUGCAGGGGGAGGGACAGACUCAUAGCUCCUUCUGUCUGUGUCACCCUGCAGGGGGAGGGGCAGACUCAGUGUGUGUCACCCUCUGGAAGUAGGGGGGCAGGCUCAUUGUGUGUGUGUUACUGUUAAAAAUGUAUCAUAUUUCUGUCUUUUUUUCCCCCCAGGAUGAUGCCCAGUGUGUGCCCGGUUAGUAGCUCCUGCUCUUUGGAUCAUGUAGGAUCAUGCAGGAAUCCUCGGAUUUGGUUUGUUAAUGAUCCUUUCUAUGAGAAGGUUUCCCUGUCAUUUAAGGACAUGGAAUUUGUACGUGUCUACAACUAUUUCCACAAGACCAUGUCAGAGUCUCAGUACAUGAUCCUAGACAUCUGUAGAAUCCAGAAUUAUUUUCAGAUGGAGAAAUAUGCAAGGUUAGAAUAGUAAUGCCGUUAUUUUUAUGGGGUCAUUUUUCAGAUGGGAGUGAUUCUGUCACUUUAGAAAGUUUACUUUCAGCCAAUGAGUGCCAUCCAAACAUAUUAAUGUAUGCAAUACUGAGGUUGCUUGAAAAUGGUUUGACGCAGAGGAUCAUCCAUGGGGCAUGAUGGCACAAUAACUGCUACAGGGGGCCGUAGUAUUUAUUUGCUUUACAGUGCCCAUUUAAGGACAAACUACAGUUAAGGUUUUUAAUUAGUUUACCCAAUUUUAGACAUUUGGUGGUCCCUAAAUCCAGGACAAAUUCAUUACUCCUUUAUGUCUCUACAUAUUCUUUUCCUUGUGUCAUGACGUUUUUUAUUUUUUUUUGCAGGAAGAAGGAUUAUAUGUCUCGAAUCCUGUCCGAAACGGAAAAUAAUAAUUUGGAGCGCUAUCUUUUCUACAGUGCGCACUACGCUUUGGUGGAGAAUAUUUGUAGACAGAACUUUGAUGCACGUGUGAUUGGUAAACACACACCGCAGUAUGGGGAAGGAUGCUACUUCUUUAAGAGCGCUAGAUAUGCCCAUAACUUUAUCCAUGCUUCACCCUGUGGUCAUUGUUUUAUGUUUCUAGCCAAAGUCUUGGUAGGAUGUCCAACUGUGGGUUACCCCUCUCUGCGUCGUCCCCCACCACUAAAUCCUGAAGACACAGCCAGCCUUCUCUAUGAUUCCUGUGUCUCGAGGUUAAAAGAUCCUAACAUCUUUGUACUUUUUGAUGAUGACCAAUUUUACCCAUACUUCCUCAUAAGGUACUGUAAGAUACGAAAGGCAAACAUUUGGACGGAGACCUUGUAUAAACCAGCCAGUUCAUAAGGUAGAUGCUUAACCCAGACUGAAAAAGAAAUGCUCUUUAAAUACUGUGGUUUAAACGUUGAUACUUGAGCCUCAUUCUACUUUAACGUGUUUCAAUUUGAGAUUGUAUGACCUUGCAUCGGUGUAAAACUAACUCAUAGUAGUCUAUUACAGUGUUGUUAUUGUACAGCUGUGUUAAUGUUCAGUUGGUCAUUUUUUUGGAGCUUUUAGUUAAUAUUGACGAAAAGGAGAUUCAUGUGAACUGAAAGUUAACCUUUGUAUACCUUUAUAAAAUUCACAUUAAACAGUUCACAAACAAUAUUUAAUUGAAGCAAGUAUUGAAGACAUUACAAUAAAAUGAAACGACUUCUAAUUAGGUGUUUUAGGUAAAAUUAGGUGUUGUCAUGUAAUACGUUGUAAUGCAUGUAAUAUUUAAUACAUACACACAAUAAAUUUGUUGGAUAUACA